AUGGCCGAAUCGCGACUCUGGAAACCUCUCAAAAUUGCCGGUGUUGAAGUCAAGCACCGCAUCGGUAUGCCUGGACUCUCUCGCUUCCGAGGCACAGACGACCAUGCCGCAACUCCCAUGAUGAAGGAGUACUACAGCCAACGAUCUCAAAUCCCAGGCACCCUCAUCGUCACCGAGGCCAACAUCAUCUCUCCCGGCGCCGGUGGUUACCCCAAUGCACCAGGCCUCUGGCGGGAGGAUCAAGUCGAAGCUUGGAAAACCGUUACCGACGAAGUUCACCGAAACGGCUCCUUCAUCAUUGCCCAAAUGUUCCAUGUCGGCCGCGCCGCAGUUCCGGAAAUCGCUGCAAAGGAAGGAAUUGAGAUUGUGUCCUCCAGCGCCAUUCCUCAUGGACCAGAUGCGCCCGUGCCAAGAGAAUUAACUGUCGCCGAGAUCAAACAAAUUGUUAAGGACUUCCAAACUGCUGCAAAGAAUGCCAUUCGCGCAGGCUUUGACGGUGUUGAGCUCCACGCCGCAAACGGCUACCUCCUGGACAGCUUCAUCCAAGACGUGAGCAACACCCGCACAGACGAGUAUGGAGGCAGCAUCGAGAACCGAUCCCGCUUUGCAUAUGAAGUCAUGAAAGCCGUCGGCGAUGCCAUUGGACCUCAGCGCGUCGGAAUGCGCUUCAGCCCCUGGAGCACUUUCCAGGGCAUGCGAAUGGAAGACCCUAUUCCUCAGUUUUCACAUGUCAUCAGCAAGGCCAAGGAGCUGGGCCUUGCUUAUAUCCAUCUGAUUGAACCUCGAGUUGCCAACUCUGACGAUCUGGAGCACCCGAUUGUCGAGAGCUUGGACUUUGCAAUCAACUUGUGGGAUGGGCCAAUCCUUCUGGCGGGUGGAUAUAAGCCGAAUAACGUGCACAAGACGAUUGAUGAGAUGUAUCCCGACAAGGACAUCAUGGUCAUGUUUGGCCGAUCCUUUGUCGCAAACCCGGAUCUGGUCUUUAGGAUUAAGCAUAGCUUGCAGCUGAAUCCGUAUGACCGCAGCACCUUUUACGCCGUGAAGAAUCCCAAGGGUUAUCUGGAUUACCCAUUCAGUCCUGAGUUUGAAGCAACGACUAAGGCGUAG